GUAGCGAGCCCAGUUUAAAUGGGUCAGUCCAAAAUAACAAGAAGAUCCAUAUCGGAAAAGGAAAAUGCAAAAGAACGGCGAGCCUGACUUUUAUUUUUAUCCCCGAUGGCUAGCAAAUGAAAUUUUAUCGCCAACCAAACACACCCAAAAGGAUUUUCCAGAUUUCUAAAAUUCAAGCCAUUAGAACCGAAAAAAACAGUUUCAGUUUACCGCACAAUCAUUGCCUAGAGCAAGGAGCUCCCCGCUUGACUUCACUCAGCAUUGAGUUGCUGGUUCGCGAGAGCUUAAUUUGACUCUUUUUGGGGGUAAUGGGUCGUUCUCGCGGGAAUUUCCAAUCUGCGGAUGAAGACCCCACCCAGAGAUCAAGGAGGAAAAAGAAUGCUUCUACUGGUGAGAAUCUAGAAUCCACCUCUGCAGGGCAAGGUGCUGGUGAUGGGAAGAAGGCCUUGUACCAUUGUAACUACUGCAACAAAGACAUAACCGGGAAGAUCCGUAUCAAGUGUGCUAUGUGCCCUGAUUUCGAUCUAUGUAUAGAGUGCUUCUCUGUUGGAGCUGAGAUGCAACCUCAUAAGAGCAGUCACCCUUAUAGGGUUAUGGAUAAUUUGUCUUUCCCACUUAUUUGCCCUGACUGGAAUGCUGAUGAUGAAAUUCUGCUUCUGGAGGGGAUUGAAAUGUAUGGCAUGGGCAACUGGACUGAAAUUGCUGAGCAUGUAGGGACAAAGAGCAAAGACGUUUGCAUUGAGCACUAUAAUAAUGUUUAUAUGAACUCCCCAUACUUCCCUCUUCCGGACAUGUCUCAUGUUGUUGGGAAGAAUCGAAAGGAGCUUCUUGCUAUGGCAAAAGGAUCAUCCAUGCACGGGGAGCACAUUUUGAAGGAAGAUUCUCCAUUUUCUCCAUCCAGAGUCAAAAUCGAAGGUGGUUCCUCUGGCCGUUUACUGUCUCCAUUAAACACUGGUGAUUUAGUAUACAUUGCUCUUUCAGAUAUGGAAUCAGGAGGGCGUCCUAAUAAUGCAAAUGCAUCAAAGACUGCUGUUAAAAAGGCAUCUGGUAUUGCCCGGGCUAAAGAUAGCCCGAAUAAUGUUAAAGUCGAAGAUCCUCAUAUAGAAAGGAGUUCCAAGGGAAAGAAACCAAAUUGUCCAGUUGAUGGUCCAUCCCUACUUGAUUUGAGUGGUUAUAACACAAAAAGGCAAGAGUUUGACCCAGCAUACGACAAUGAUGCUGAGCAGUUGCUCGCAGAGAUGGAGUUCAAAGAGAAUGACACUGAGGAGGAGCGUGAAAUCAAGGUUCGGGUCUUGCGUAUUUAUGGGAAGAGGCUUGAUGAGAGGAAGCGGCGGAAGGAUUUCAUAUUGGAGAGAAACUUACUGUAUCCUAAUCCUUUUGAGAAGGACUUAUCUCCUGAGGAGAGGGCAAUUUGUCGACGUUAUGACAUUUUCAUGAGAUUUCAUUCAAAGGAAGAACACGAGGAACUGCUCCGGACAGUCAUCACAGAGCACCGAACUCUCAGAAGAAUUCAAGAACUCAAGGAAGCACGUGCUGCUGGCUGUCGGACUUCAAUCGAGGCGGAUCGAUACCUUGACCACAAACGGAAAAGGGAAGCGGAAGAUAGUUCUCGUCGGGUCAAAGAAGGCGGUCAGCUUGUUCCGAAUGUCGUAAUCGCUUCAGAAUCAGUUGGCAAGGACUCACACUUGAAAGGGUCAUCGAGCUAUAAUGUCAACGAGCUGGAUAUCACGGCGUUGUUUGACACCCAGUUGCUAUCUGAAGCUGAGAAGCGGUUAUGCUACGAGAUCAGGCUGCCACCACCUCUUUAUCUGCAAAUGCAAGAGGUGAUGACAAAAGAGAUCUUCGGUGGGAAUGUUUCGAAGAAAUCCGAUGCUCAUUCAUUGUUCAAGAUCGACGCCAACAAGGUGGAUAGAGUGUAUGAUGUUCUUGUUAAGAAAGGGAUAGCACAACCAUGAAAAUGGGGAAUGAAAAAGAAGCAAAUCACUUCAUUUCAUUCUUAAGUUCUGAUUUCUUGUAUUGUAAUUUAGGCAUAACAUGAUAGAUAUAGGCUAGAAAUGAAACUUGGGUAGAGCUCAGUUCCUUUAUGUAGCUGCAGAUGGUUGCAACUCGGAAUUACCUAAAGGGGUUCUGUAUAAUGCAACCAUCCACUCUACCAAAAAUGAGAAAGAAAGGCAAAAAGCACUGAACUAUUUCUUUCACCAUGGAGAAAGUACUGAAAUCCUA